CAGGACCUUGAAGAUCUAUUCAGCGAAACAUUGCAUGCUGGAGGCUGACGUUCCGUUCUUUAAAAAAGUGUUAUACACGAGACUCGCGACGAUAGGCGCAAAUGCAAUACGCAGGCGAUCGUCGCGUUCACGUUUUAACUCGGGCAUGCAACAAAAGCAGUCCGACUGCCUCGUCGACUGGUGGAUCGUGAAGCGUCGAUCGAGUUUGGGAACCCGUACGUGUGUAUGUAAUUUUUGGCAAUCCAGUCGACUUCGUAUUCCGUCUCACUGCAGUGCUGCAGUCGCAAAUGGUGGCAUCGAUCGUCGCCCCGUUCGAAUAACCGAGAGAAUUGUUCGUCGACGUCCGAGUAAAAAGAUGCAAAUUGAUUGAGUGAAUGGAAUUUGAUCCUUUUGAAUCGCCACGGAA